CCCUUCCAACCCCUACAAUUCUGUGAUUCUGUAUCACAUGCAACAUCCUGUUAUUAGCUAACUGUAAGAGAGCUGCUGUGCUCAGUCUAGGAGUUUCCUUUAGAAAAGCGGAGUAUGUAAUUUUUAAUACUUAUGGAAGAGAAUAUAUCAUAUCAUCCUUCAAUGAGUUAGUUUACUGAUUGGUUUUCCUGUCACUGUUUUGUAGAAGUUCAUUUUCACAGUUUCAAUAUUUUCUUGCACCUGUAACACCUUCUGCCUGCCACAUUGAAGUGUCCUGUUACUAAAUGUUUAUUGCUUGUGUAGAUUCAAAUUAAAUAAAUGAUCUUCUUUCUGGUAAAUUAACCAAAACAAACAAACAAACAAACAAAACCUACUCUAAUCUUCUGUCAACAGCUUUGAAUUUCUGACUUUCUGAAAAUGCAGUCCUUUAGUACCAGUCUUCUUUAUGGUGCUAACUAAAGAAGUCAGGUUAUUGCUCCUCUGUUGAGCAUGCCCUUAUCCCUGUUGGCCGUUGUGUUUCAGCUGGAAGUUCUUAUUUGGCAGUUAUCUGCCAUAGUAAUCAAGCCUUUCUGUUUCUUGGAAAUACGGUCUGGCAUCCUUUAUCCCUUACUUUCCCUAAGUGUAUUACUUUACACAAGACUUAAAUGUACAUGAGAUAAAAUGUAUCAGGAGUUAGGCUGUUGUCUUACUGCCCUGGUGGUCUGUUCCUUUUGUUUUUGUUCUUCCAGUCUAUCUCACUUACAGGCAAGAUACACUUCUUUAAUGCAUCAAGACCUACUUCACGUGUGAUUUGCAUGAGUGGUGCUUGUAAUUGUCUGUAAUGAGUUCAGAAGCCCUAUGUAGCCUUUUAAACUCAUUUUAAUGUAUCUUAUGCUUUUUGUUGUUAUUAUAGAUGCAAGAUGUUUUCUGGUACCAGAAGUAUUUGAUGCAAACUGUAGCUUAAUCACUAAAAAAAAGAGUGUUCUUUUAGCACCUAGUUUAGAUAUAGUUUUCCAUUGACUUUUUUUUUUUCCUCCCACAGCAUUUCUCCUCCAUGUCGUUCACUGGCUGGAUCUGCUCAGGGAAUGUGUGAGGAGGAUGUGAUGAAAGAGGGCAGCUGUUUGUAGGACCUCUUCAAAUCCUUGAAGAAAGGAAGGUGUAUGAUGAAUUUAGUGCAGAUGGUAGGAAUUAAAAAGGUGGUCUCGUGUUUGAGGCAGUUGGAUACCACCCUGAUGAACUGCUUGGCGUUCCUCCCGUUGUCUUGGAGGCUGCCAGUCAGGACCUAUUCCAGGAGUAGACACUGGGACACGAUGGAGUCCUCAGCUGGCAUUGAGAACCUGCCUUUUGAACUGCAGAGAAACUUCCAGCUCAUGCGAGAUCUGGAUCAGAGAACAGAAGACCUCAAGUCGGAGAUCGAUAAGCUGGCCACAGAGUAUAUCAGCAACGCACGGACUUUGUCGUCAGAGGAAAAACUGGGGCUCCUCAAGCAAAUCCAGGAGGCCUACGGGAAAUGCAAAGAAUUUGGGGAUGACAAGGUUCAGCUGGCUAUGCAGACCUAUGAGAUGGUCGAUAAGCACAUCCGGCGGCUGGACACAGAUCUUGCUCGCUUUGAAGCAGACCUGAAGGAGAAGCAGAUAGAAUCGAGUGACUAUGACAGUUCUUCCAGCAAGGGCAAGAAGAAGGGCCGAGCCCAAAAGGAGAAGAAAGCUGCACGUGCACGCUCUAAAGGGAAGAAUUCUGAUGAGGAGGCACCAAAGACUGCCCAAAAGAAAUUAAAGCUUGUCCGCACUAGCACAGAAUACGGAAUGCCUUCAGUCACAUUUGGAAAUGUGCAUCCUUCAGAUGUAUUGGAUAUGCCUGUGGACCCCAAUGAGCCUACUUACUGCCUCUGCCACCAGGUCUCCUAUGGGGAGAUGAUUGGCUGCGACAACCCAGAUUGCUCCAUCGAAUGGUUUCAUUUUGCCUGUGUGGGUCUGACAACAAAACCAAGAGGAAAAUGGUUCUGCCCUCGCUGUUCCCAGGAGAGGAAGAAGAAGUAAAAUCCCAUGAGCCUCGGAUACUGCUGCAGGAGCUCUCUUCCCCCUGCCAGGGCCUCGUCCCAGCUCCCCCAGCCCUUGGGACCUUGGCUAGGGGGAGUCUUUGCCCUGUUUGUGGUUUGGGCCAUCCCUGGAAUGGUGUGUACCCUCACGGCAGUUCCAGUAUGUUCUGUAUCCCUGGCUGCUUCCGAAUCCCUAAGGGAGGCCCUCUCUGUGUACUAUUCCAAACAGGUCUCUGAACCUCAAAGGGAGUGAAUGAGGGCACCAGGGUAGCCACCAGAUUCCCAGGGAUUCAGGUAGCCCCUGAUUUUCCUUGGCUUUCCUUCAGCCUCCUCAGAGUUCAUUGCCUACUCUCUGCUGAGAGAACAAGGCUAUGAGAUGGGGGAAGGAAAGGAGGUAAGUCUUCAGCAUUUUAGGUCUUCUAUUUUCCUGGAUCUUUUUCAGGAGAGAGGGAGUAACCAGGCCACUGCUUAAUCUAGUAGCUUGGUUGAGAGACUGAAAACUUAAUGUACUCCCUAUCUUUAAUCAUUCCACUACUUUGUCUGGCAUUGAGCAGCCUCUUUUGUUGGGGCAAGGAGGAAGGAGUGUUUAGAGCUAGCUUUAUCUCUUACUCCUGGGGUAAACCUGCUCUCCUGGGAAGCACAUUGUAUGAAGGAAGAAGAAUUUCUGGCCAUGUGGUGAGAAACAGUUUGAUCUAGCCUGUCUUCUGGCACCAGAAUUCUCCCUCCCUUUAGUACAGUGGAGCUUCUCCAUUAUGUUGAUGAUGAUGGAAAGUUCAGGGAUCCAAAUCCCACUUGUAUACUAUAGAACUAAAUAAAAUUCGUUCAAACAAA